GCGAGACCCUCGGCUCACGUGACCGGCGGGCGCGGCGCGGCUCACGUGACAGGCGCCGCCGGCCGCAGGGUCCUCUCGGUGCCGGCGCCGCCGCAGCUGCCGGGUCCCUCGAGUCGGUGGACGCGCCCUCCCGCCGGCCCCGCCGCCCGCGCAACCGCCGCACCCCGGCCUCGGCUGCGUCGCGCCAUGGCGGCCCCCGGCGCCCGGCGGCCGCUGCUCCUGUUGCUCCUGGCAGGCCUUGCCCACGGUGCCUCAGCGUUGUUCGUGGUGAAAGACAGCAAUGGCACAGCCUGUAUAAUGGCCAACUUCUCCGCCUCCUUCCGGACCGUCUACGAGAAUGAACAAGGCUCUCAGAACGCUACCUUUUCCCUGCCGCCCUCUGCAGAAGUACUGAACAGUAACAGUUCUUGUGGUAGUGAAAAUGCUUCUCAACCCAGCCUCACGAUUGCUUUUGGAAGUGGAUAUUCACUGAUGCUCAGCUUCACAAGAAAUGCAACACGUUACCGUGUCCAGCACAUGUCUUUUACUUACAACUUGUCAGACACACAAUAUUUCACCAAUGCCAGCACCAAGGGGAUCCACUCUGUGGACUCCAUGACUGACAUCAAGGCAGACAUCAACAAAACCUACCGAUGUUUGAGUGCUGUCCAGAUCCUCAUGGGCAAUGUGACUGUCACACUCCACGAUGCCACUAUCCAGGCCUACCUGUCAAAUAACAACUUCAGCAAGGAAGAGACACGCUGCACACAGGAUGGACCUUCUCCAACCACUGGACCACCUAGCCCAUCACCGCCGCCCAGCCCCUCGCCACCACUUGUGCCCACAAACCCCACUGUGAUGAAAUACAAUGUGACUGGUGAAAACGGAACCUGCCUGCUUGCCUCUAUGGCACUGCAGAUGAACAUCACCUACUUGAAGAAGGACAACAAGACUGUGACCAGAGCAUUCAACAUCAGUCCAAAUGACACAGCUCAUGGGACCUGCGGUCUCCAUGUGGUGACCCUGAGAGUGGAGAACAAGAACAGUGUCCUGGAACUGAAGUUUGGCAUGAAUGCCAGUUCUAGCCUGUUUUUCCUACAAGAAGUCCAGUUGAACAUGACUCUUCCCGAUGCCACAGUGCCCACGUUCACCGCCUCCAACCAUUCGCUGAGAGCUCUUCAGGCCACGCUCGGGAACUCGUACAAGUGCAACACUGAGGAGCACAUCUUCGUCAGCAAGGCGUUUUCCCUUAACGUCUUCAGCAUUCAGGUCCAGGCUUUCAAGGUGGAAAGUGAUAGGUUUGGGUCUGUGGAAGAGUGUAUGCAGGAUGGUAACAACAUGCUGAUCCCCAUUGCCGUUGGCGGAGCCCUGGCAGGGCUGGUCCUCAUCGUCCUCAUCGCCUACCUCAUCGGCAGGAAGAGGAGUCAUGCCGGCUACCAGACCAUCUAGCCUGGUGCACGGGCGGGCGGGUGCGCACAGACGCACAGGGGCCUGUUCUUAGUCCCCGGGCUUAGAUAGGUGUGGAAGGGAGGGAGGCACACUUUCUGGCAAACUGUUUGCAAAUCUGCUUUAUAAAUGUGAAGUUCAUCUUGCAACAUUUACUAUGCACAGAGGAAUAACUAUUGAGAUGAUGGUGUUAAUUUUGCUAACUGGGUUAAAUAUUUUGCUAACUGGUUAAUGUUAAUGUUACCAAAGUAGAGCUCUAAGAAAGAGAACAAGAAGGCUUUUCAGAAUUGCACGGGCUCCCCCAUUUGACUUGUUAAGAUUUGGUGUUUGGUUUCUUCAUUCUUUUACUCAAGAUUUAAGCCUUACAAAGGGAAUCUCUGGUCCGGACACUUGGGCCUGGUGAGGGCGGCUGAUCGUUAGGCUGCACACUGUUGUAGAUGCUAGAAGGGAAGAGCAGGGAAGCCCUGCCUCAGAGACAUGCACAGGGUCAACCUCUGGACACUUGGCUUGGGCUGCCUGGCCUGGGGGGCCAGAAUCUGGCAUCUGGCUGGGGCACAACCACCAGUGUUUCUGUGCUCUGCCACCCAUGAGCUGGCACUUUUCUAAAUAGAAAAUGGCAUUAUUUUUAUUUACUUUUUGUAAAGUGAUUUCCAGUCUCUGUUGGCGUUCAGGGUGGCCCUGUUUCUGCACUGUGUACAAUAGUAGAUUCACACUGCUGACCUGUCCUGCGGCGUAGGUGGGUUGUACACUGAGGACCAGCUCACGUAAUGCAUUGCCUGUAACGAUGCUAAUAAAAAGUCUCCUUCUUUGUCUGUCUG